AUGCCCAACUGUCACCCUGUUGCUACUCCUGUUGACACGAAGGCCAAGGUUUCUGCUCUGGAGGGCUCGCCAGCGUCGGAUGCUCCCUUCUACCGGUCCAUUGUCGGUGCUCUUCAGUAUCUGACUCUCACCCGAUCGGAUCUACAGUAUGUUGUUCAGCAGCGGAUCCUCCAUUACAUUCGCGGCACGAUGACUCUUGGUCUUACCCUCACGGUGUCUACUUCUCUAGAGAUGGUGGUCUACUCCGGCGCGGACUGGGCUGGCUGCCCCGACACCCGUCAGUCCACCUCUGGCUACUGCGUUUACCUCGGUCCUUCACUCGUCUCGUGGUCGUCCAAGCGACAACCCAUGGUUUCGCAGUCCAGCGCGGAGGCUGAGUACCGAGCUGUGGCUAACGCUGUUGCCGAGUGCACGUGGCUACGACAGUUACUUCAGGGCUACGGUGGUCUACUGCGACAACGUCUCUGCGGUGUACCUCUCCGCCAACCCCGUUCAUCAUCGCCGGACUAA